AUGCUAUUAAUGAAUGAUGUAUCUCGAAGAAGCUCUUCAAUCUCGCCUGUCAUAAAGAGAUUUGUUGCGAUGCCCUCUUCGAUGACCACGAAAAGGCGACCUCGACGGAAGAUCAGGAGACCAAAUUUGAACAAGAAACCCAUAACUGAUUUGAAUGAAGUGUCACUUGGGUUCGAUUUUUCCAAAGGUGACGAGGCUCACUGGAAAUUUAAGAUUAAGCAAUUACGAGAAUUUACGAAGACUUUACAACAGCAGAUACAAAAAGCCGAUGAGCUAAAGAAGUUACAAGAGACAAUGAUCGAAGAAGGUGUGUCAGAAGACGAUAAUGGCUCUGAGAUUGAAAAGGAUGCUGGUUUAAUUUUUGAGGGGUUAAGCGGAGCUGGAACGGUUGGGGAUACAAAGCAGAUACCCGUUAAGAGUCCAUCUCUCUCUGGUUUGAUUAUGACAGCUUCAAAGGAGUUAGAUAAUAUUCUACCCAGUGCAGUAGUUUGCAGAAUUAAUGACGACAACUUGAUUGUGAAGGCACUUGCUGAUAAGCGACAUAGAGAUUGGAAUGCAAUUGUAGAUGCGCUGUACAGAUCAGAAAAACGGCUUAAAGGGCUAUCCACUGGUGAAAUCAAGCAAACUUUAUUUCAUGAUGUGUCAGGCUUGUCAUUUGAAAGCAUCAAACAGGUGGAGGAGAUGCUUACUGAGAGUUUGGGCGAUGGUAUUACAUCUUCUGCAAGUUUUUACGGCUUCUUGUUUUCACAGUUAAGUCUUUUAAAGCCUGGCACUAGCGCAUACAACACAGCCGUGAUCAAUAAGAUGAGACAACUCUUGGAGGUUUACGAUUCAAAUGAGUCCGAAAAUAAAUUUCAAAUGGAUAAUAAAAUAAUGCACAGUUGUCUUAAGUUCGCUAUGAAGUUAAAAUCUUUUAAAGAUAUGGAAUUUUUCUUGACCAAAUUCAAAAACACAUAUGGAAUACAACCUGAUCGGAAAAACUACAAUACUAUUCUUCAAUUCUAUCUAAUCUGUGAUCAAAGCCAACAGGUAUGGGAUGCCUUUGGUGCUAUGAAAUUCUUAUCAUUGGAACACAGGCCAGAUACAAGAACAUACAACACUAUGCUACGUCUUUGUAACAGAGAAAAAAACUACGCGAAAGCCAUAGACCUGUAUAACGAAAUGACAGAUUUGAAGGUAGCACCAGAUAUCCAGACUUUUGCAUACCUGGCAAAAACUCUGGCUGCUUGUUCUGCCGACUCCAUUGUCAGUGAAGGUAAGGCUGAAUCUCUAAGAUUAAUGGGUUGGAAAUAUAUCCAUGAAAUAGAAAAACAUUGGAAGCUUGACCAGGAAGCACUUGAUGAUUCUACUGCACAUUAUGUUUUCUCCUCGAUGAUGGCCCUUGCUGCUUAUGAUGGAGAUGUUGGAUUUACUAGAGCACUAUAUUACAAGUAUACCACAUUCAAGUUCAAGAAAAAUCUUGCAAUGGCUCAAGUAUGGAACAAGGGCUCGUUGACUUAUAAAACUAUUUGGAGGCAAUCUUUAAACCCAGAGAUGUUCAAUUACCUUUUAAUGUCAUAUUCUAGAUACAGUACCACGAAAUUGCCAUUGUUAGCAGGUUAUGAUGCAGGUGCUAAACUCAGACGCAACAUUAUUUUCAGUGUUGAUUAUAUGGGGAGAUAUGAUAAGGAUCAAGGAAUUAACGUCAAUAUUCCCAUGCUACCCGUACAAGAGUUAACUAAUGAAAGACAAAUAUUAUUGGAGUCUCGCGCAUUAUGGCAUUUCAAUUUAGAAUUUGGUGGGGAUCAAAAUCUCAGAGCUUCACCUAUUGAACAAACGCGGGAAAAAUUGGAAUCCUUUGUCCAAGAAUGUAAUAGCUACGAUGAAUUCAAAUUCAAAACCUUACAUGAAGUGGCUACAAUGAAGGAUUCAUUAGUGAAUCAUCGGGUUUUAAACUCAAUUGCAUUAGUAUCAUACUUAACUAUUCCACUAAGAUUAGGUGAUUACACUGAAUUUUUAUUACGAUUAAAAGAAUUCACUUACCACCAGCAUGAAUUAGAGGAGAUAUUAUCAAAAUUGUACAGCUCUGUUAAGGUCAUUGAGCCCGAAUUUACCAAGAAAUCCUACUCUGAUAAUCAAAAACAGAUUGCUACCCAAAAGGUAGAACUGGAUAAUGCCUCAAGAUUUAUAUCAUCCAUGAAGCACAAAAUUGUAUCAUCCAACGCAAUCUAUGAAUUGAUUAUGAAGGCUGCAACAAAGUUCGGAAAUGUAGAAUUAGCCACCACAACAUGGAACCAAAGAGGCAAAUUCCGCAAAACUGAUGCCUUUCGCUCUUUGGAGGAGUCUGAACAGAAGGAGAAAGACAGGAUUUUUGCCCAAUUAAUUGUAAGUUUCUUUGUUUCACAAAAAAUGCUUACGGAUGCAUUCAGCAUCAUCUUGGCUUCAAAAAGAUACAUCAAGUGGACAUAUUCUAUGGUAAAACCUCUGCAUAAAGAGUUACAAAGAAUUGAAGAUUUUCAUACAUGCGAACGGCUAUUAAGCGUUGUAAAUGAAAAGACUAAGAUUCAAAAGUUACAAGAUGAUAUCCGGGAGCUAAGUUUAUGA